AAGUCAACUUUUGACAAGUUUACAUUACACAAGGAAUUAUUUACAUUUUUGGUCAAAAUAUACCUUGAAAAGUAUCAAAAAACAUUAAAUAAAAAACCCUACAAUUGCAGUUCAGGAUCAGCACUGAUAUAAAGGAGUGAAAAAAAGUAUAUUACUUACCUUUUUGAAUUCACAGCCUUAAAAUUACGUUCUCCAGGAUGAGUGACGACGACAGGGAGGUAGAUGUUGAAAGUGAUGAUGGAGAUGAUUCAGAUACCCGCCAAUCUCUUUCAAGACAGUCCUCUGGAAGUCAAUAUUAUUCCCAGGCUGAGAAAAGGGCACAUCAUAAUGCGUUAGAAAGAAAAAGGAGAGAUCACAUUAAAGACAGCUUUAGUAGCUUACGAGAUUCUGUACCUGCUUUAAAUGGAGAAAAGGCAAGUAGAGCUCAAAUUCUUAAGAAGGCAGCGGAAUACAUUAUGUUCAUGAGAAAAAAGAAUAACUCACAUCAGCAGGACAUUGAAGAUCUUAAGAGACAAAACAGCCUCCUAGAAGCUCAAAUUCGUACCUUAGAAAACGUGAAACAAACAGGCGUAUUUGACUGUGACCUGGAAAAAGAUGAUAUGUAUGACACUGAAGAAUCUGACGAGUCAGAAAGUGAAGAUACCAUAACACAGAGACGACCUCCCAAGAAAUUUAAAGCUUUUCAUUAAUGAUGAAUGUUUUUUCUUGUAAAAUAUGGCCCAAAACAUUUCUCCAUAUUAAUAGUAGCUAGUAGCGCAUUUUAUCAUGGAAAACAUUAUGGUUUAGUAUUUGUAUAUUUUUAAGAUCAUCUGAGGCUGGCUUUAACCUUGAAAAGGGGAAUCUUCUUUAUUUAAUGAAAUUAAAAAAAAAAAUCUACAGUGACCCAGAUUCAAGACUCACCAUUGGGAUCUCAGAAUUAGUCUUGAAUUUGGGCCACCCUUUACUGUACAGUCUUCAAAUAUAUACCCAAGCAUAUUGGGUAAUCAAAGAUGUGUUCGAAAUAAAACUGUCUAUAGGCAAAAAAUGAAGGAACACAACAUAUUAAACAGAGAUAAGAGUAUCAUAACUUUGCCUAUAGACAGUUAAAAUUUGGUUGUUUUGAAGCCAUCUUAUAUGCAAGUAACUCUUUAAAUUUAACUGUUGCAAGUGCUACAAUCUGAGUUAAAUUUAAAAUGAUUAUUGCAAUAUGUAUUUAUUUUCAAUGAGUGCAAAUGUGGUCAAGCCUUAAACUAAUACAAUCAGUGGCGGUUAUUUGUAGUUACUGUAUGGAAAUAGUCCAAAAGUAAUAAAAUUAAAGAAAAGCAUGAUUAAACUAUAUGAAUGUUAGUUGUAAAAUAAUUAUUGAUAUUUAUUUUGUUGCUUUAGUUCAUGGUCCUAUGGUGACUUUUAAACUGUAAAUUCGCAAAAUUCUGAAUCUUUAUUAGUCAUAAAGGAUUUGUUUAUAUGGCAUUUUUAUCAAUACUGCAGUUUUCUUUCUUAAAUGAACCCUCACUGAUUUAAGAUCUGGCAAUGGUAAAUAUGCAAAAUAGGUUGACCAAUAGAUUUAAGUUCAUUUAUAGUUUCUUAUUUUGUUAGAUGUAUAAUAUCAUCGUAAGUUCAAACACUGUGGUAGGAAAUAAAAAUCCAAAAUG